CAAAGCAUUGUGAGGUUCACGUUGGCGGCCCCCUCUUCUGUUCUCUCGCGAGGUUCACGUUGGGGGCUGAAUCUCUCUCCCUCUCCUCUCUCUCAUACUGUGCAGCUCUCGAAGAAUCCGCAGGGCUAACUUUUGAACUCUCGAAGAAUCUCGAAGAGGGGAGAGAGAGAGGGAGAAAGAGUGAUGGCUCUGCUAAUGGGAACUGCUCUUUCUCUCUCCUCCUCAUUUCCCCCAGUAAAGACCCAAGUUCAUUAUCCUCCUCAUUCCAACAUCAACAAGCAAUUCUUUGCUCCCCAAUCUUCUUCCUCGAUUGUUCAGAUCGAUUCCAUUCAUCUUGAUGAUCCUCAUCGCCAUCGUCGCUUGUCCACCGGAUCUCAAAGGAGGGUUUUGCCUGUAGCUCGAUCAGCUAUUGCUGCGGCUAUGAAGACAGAGCCUUUGAAGAUCAUGAUAUCAGGGGCUCCUGCAUCUGGGAAGGGAACACAAUGUGAGCUCAUCAAGGAGAAGUAUGGCUUGGUGCAUAUUGCUGCUGGAGAUCUAUUAAGGGCAGAAGUAGCAGCUGGGACUGAAAAUGGGAAGCGUGCCAAGGAAUACAUGGAGAAGGGCAAGUUGGUUCCUGAUGAAAUUGUUGUCAUGAUGGUUAGGGAGCGACUGAUGCAAUCAGAUGCUCAAGAAAAUGGAUGGCUUUUGGAUGGGUAUCCAAGGAGCUUAUCUCAGGCAAAAGCCUUAGAGGAUCUUGGCAUCCGACCUGAUCUUUUCAUUCUCUUGGAUGUCUCUGAAGACAUUCUUGUUGAGAGAGUGGUCGGUAGAAGACUUGAUCCUGUUACAGGAAAGAUAUACCAUUUGAAGUAUUCUCCACCUGAAAAUGAAGAAAUUGCUGCAAGAUUGACCCAGCGCUUUGAUGAUACAGAGGAGAAGGUCAAGUUGCGAUUGCAGACUCAUCAUAAUAAUGUGGAUGAUGUGCUUUCUGUAUAUAAAGAUGUCAUCUACAAGGUCAAUGGGAAUGCUCCUAGGGAAGAUGUUUUUGCUGAAAUAGACAGUGCACUCUCCUCAGUUCUUGAGAAGAAGGCGAAGCUGGAUUCAUCAUCAAUGGCUGCUGAUGGGGAGUUUUCUAGGAAAGAGAUGGAAGGGAACCUUAAUCUGCUCCCCUCUUUUUGUAAACAUGUGACACAAACUGGUGAUACAGACGAUGCGGUGAACAAUGGUUCAAAAGUGCGUUGAGCAAAUCACUACAGAGAAUGUAGUGAACAAUUGUCCAAUGUCCAGAGAGCCUCUGUCUAAUCGUUAGACUUUUAAGAUAGAUGAAAAGAAUAUAAACCAUGUGAGGAAGGAGAAAAGAUGCCAAACGUGAUGCG